AGACAAUGUCAUUAGAUAAGUUUGCUUCGAUCAAGAAAGCUGAAUUGUCAAAGCAUCUGCAGGUAUUAGAGCAGUUGAGAUUAGAUGACAAGGAAAAUCAGCAACAAGAAAAGAUUGCUAACACAAUUAAACAGCAAGCAGAAAAGGCAAAAAAAGAAGUCAAAGACAAAACCAACAAAAUCAUCCAAAUACUACAAGACAACGAACGAGAACUGCUGAGACAAAUCGAUGAGAAGUUGAACACAGCCACAACAAACUUGAAUAUAAUUCAUUAUAUUCCAGCCGUCAAAUAUAACAUCAAGAAUGUGAUGGAAAGGGGACUUGCAAGCGAAAUGAUGAACAUUCAAGGGACACAAUGCUUUCAGAACUUCAUCUUCAACCAUAUUCCACCAGACUAUAGAAUACAAUAUGUUGCUAAUGAAGAGCUGAUGCGACAAGUGAAUUCAGGGCUGGGAGAAAUUCAAACUUGUUUGAAAACAGACCCUACUAAGAGCACUAUUCAGGUGAAAUCUGAGACAGAAGCUUUGAAUAAAGAAAAGCUGAUAGUAACGACUAAAAGCUCUGCAGGAGAACUCAAUCAUGAUCCAAGGGAUGUUUUAGACGUUCAAAUCAAGCCUGAAGAAAAUGUGAAAAUAGAAAAGAAAUAUGUGAGAACUGAUGGUAAAGUAGAAGUUGAAUUCAUGGCUAAAGUAGCUGGUCAGUUGACAGCAGAGGUUCAAGUGAAUGGGAAUCAUGUAUCUAACAGUCCACUAGUGGUGAAUGUCAAGCCACAAGAGAUGAAAACAACAGGACAGUUUAAGAUGAAAGGUACAAAUAUAGAUACUAGUUAUGUGAGAGGUAUAGCAGUAAACAGAGACAACAGCAGGAUCGCUGUUUCAAAUGGUUCUUCUCACUGUGUCCAUGUAUUCACCACUGAUGGAGAUCUCUUACUGACGUUUUAUAGCCAAGAUAGUGCACAGGGACAGUUGGAUAGUCCUCAAGGUUUAGCAUUUCUGAAUGAUACAGAUUUAGUCAUAGCAGACUGUGGUAAUCAUAGAAUAUGUAUAGUGAACACUACAACAGGGACAUUGGUAAAAACCUUUGGUAACAAAGGUAACGGUAAUGGACAGUUUUAUGUUCCAUGGGGUGUACACGUUGAUGACGAUGGUAACAUCAUUGUGUGUGAUCGUGAUAAUCAUCGUGUUCAAGUCUUCACAAGAGACGGUGACUAUCAAUAUCAGUUUGGUUUGACAACACAGGACRMGUUURMUCCAUUUGAUGUGAUAACACAUGAUGGACUGUUUUACGUYAGUGAUUAUAAUAAUCACGUCAUUCAUGUAUUUGAGAAGAAAGGUAACGUACCGACUAGAAUAUCGACGAUUGGUGGUAAAGGCAGUGCUGGUGGUCAGCUGAAUGGACCAUGGGGCCUGGCUAUUGAUAAUGACCAUCAUCUACUGGUGUGUGACUGUGGUAAUAACUGCGUACAAAAAUUCACAUUGGAUGGUCGUUUUGUAGGAAGGACUUUUGAUGUAAUCAAUAACCCUAGAUAUAUAACUGUUUUAAAGGAUGGUCAGUUAUUAGUUAGUACGUAUGGUUCUGGUGUCUGGUGUGUAAAGUAGAAUUGGCUAAUAAUUUUCAAUAUUUGAUCGAUAUGACAUAUUGAGUGAUAUCCCUGAGUUUGACAUGUGCUAAAAUAUUACCAUUCACAGUUUA